GGCUUCGCCCCAAUAGAGGCUAUCUUUUACUCUGUUUUUCACCCAACUGAAGGUACAAAAGUGUCUCAACAAGUCCCAUUAGGUGCGAUAGUUACACCACCUAAAUCAACCUCUGAUGUGUUAGCGGAACCAUUAUUUGACUUCGAUCUGGUAAAGAACUAUGUUAUCCCCAAGGCUCAGCUCUGCAACAGAUUGGUGACGUUAAAAGUUAACCAAUAUAGAAUUAUUGGAUACCCAGUGACAAUUAUUGCACCACACUAUGCAAGAAAUUCAUUCAGUUUUAACUUCUGCUUUGUGUUCCGCUAUGAGAGUGACACGACUCCAUAUGAAUCAGCUAUAAGGAGACUUGGAAGGAUGUUUAAGAACUUGGAAGAGCAAUAUCAAUUAUUAUCCAGAAAGGAAAAAGACCGGCUAUAUUUUAAAGAUGAUGGAAGAAAUGCAAGCACCAAUACAGCCAUCACCAGCCCACCGAUGACAGAGAGCUUCAACAAUGAUACAAGUUAUACCAUUAAGUUGGACUCAAUUGAAAGUUUGAUUCAACAAAUUUAUCAAGAUCUUAAUAACUAUUCUGAAUGUUUGAUACCCAUUGAUUCUGGUAAUUCUGUUGAUAUUAAGCUUUUCCCUCUACUUCCACCCCCACCAAGAUUAAACCAAGAGGAUGUUCCUAUAUCAACGGUUCACCUAGAAAGUAUGGUUGAUGUGAAUUGGGACCCAACAAUGCUUAAGAUACUGCCAUUCAUCAAUGGUAUAAAUUCAAUUAAAAAAAUUAGUGUCUUAGCCAAUUCUGAUUAUAACAUUGUCAAGCAAUGUAUUCAACACUUAAUCUAUUACAAAUGCAUCAUUAUUAUUGACAUAUUUCAAUUUUCCAAUAUUUAUGCUCCAACAUCUGAUAUUGUUUUGUUUUUGAAAGAUUCUCACAUGGCCACAGAAUGUCAAGCGUAUGUGGUUAGUCCUUCGAUAUUCAAAGAUAAACCAUUUGAAUCUGACAAGUCAGCUGAUCAAAAAACAUCCACAAGGACAACCAAGACACCAAAUAGAAAAUCUUCAGGAAAGGAUGUUUCAUCAGUAUCAUUAGUUGGUGACUCUAAUAGAUCGAAAAGAGAAACAGUUGUGUUACCAUCAAAAGCUAAGCUUUAUUUUCUUUACAGAUCCUUACACCAAGGACAAACUGUUAAAAGCUGGUACAAAGAACAUGCCGAAGCAUUGGAACAUAUUGAUAUAAGGAGAUUCUUAUCAUUUGGUGUCUUGAGAGGCUUAAUUUAUAGAGUCCAUUCCUACCCAAUCAUUGAUUCAGUUUUAUUAAAAGAAGAACACAGUCAAUCAAAGUCAUUAUUUUUGCAAGCGUAUAAUGACAAGGAUUUGGAUGAAGAUAAUGAAGAUGAUGAAGGCGAGGGUACUAAUGAAACUGAUGCUGUUACGAAUUUACAAACUGUCAAAGCUGCCUCGUUAUUCAAAAGAAAUACUGACAAUGAACUAAGUGAAGCUGAUAAGAGAAAAACUGCAAUUAUUUUGAAGAAUUUGAACGAUAUCAAAAAUUUUGAUGCUGUUUGUACUGAACUUGAGAUGGAUAGAAAAUCCGUGGAAACUUUAUUAAGAAAAAUUGGUCAUUUUAAUGUUGUUAAUAGCUAA